AUGAUGAAUUUAAAGAAAAAGUUGCAAAUAAAAAAUGAACUUGCUAGACAGAUCAUUGCUGAGUUUUGGGGGACAUUCAUCCUCGUGACCUUCUCAAUAGCAUCUGGGGCCCAGUACGUGCUCAGUGGUCAGGAGCUAUCCAGUUACCUGUCCGUCAGCUUCGCAGGGGGCUUGGGUCUCACCCUUGGUAUCUACUGGUCUGGAGGGGUGUCAGGGGGGUGCCUGAACCCCGCCGUCACCAUGGCGUUGUGUCUGCGGGGGACCAUCCCAUGGUACAAGUGGCCCUUCUACACCGUGGCCAACCUGGGAGGGUCCUUCUUUGCUGCAGCGGUACAGUAUCUGCUUUACUUCGACGCCCUGAACCAUUACGACGGUGGCCUUAGAUCGACCACGGGUCCGACAGCUACUGCCGGGAUAUUCGCCACGUACCCACAGCCGUAUGUGACUACUGCAAGCUGCUUCUUCGACCAGGUAUUUGGCACGUUCAUCCUCCUUGGAUGUGUGUUGGCAAUCACAGACAGGCGCAACAUGGCCCCUAGUGACGGCUUCCUCCCCGUGGCUCUCGGCUCCAUCAUGCUCGGCAUGGGGACCUGCUUCGCCCUCAACUGCGGCUACGCCAUCAACCCAGCAAGGGACCUCGGCCCCAGAUUGUUCACUGCUGUGGCUGGCUGGGGGUCAGAGCCUUUCACAUUCCGGGGGUACAACUGGUUCUGGGUUCCCCUGGUUGGCCCGAUGGUUGGUGCCGUACUGGCCUGGCUGGUCUACACCAUGUCUAUAGAAUUACACUGGCCAGACGGGGACAAGAACACCAACGAUGAACAAGUGGUCAGUGUAGCAACUGUGGACAAGGGUCACAUAAACCCAGCCUUCAACUGUGAUACCCCCGAGAUGUCGCAUACUCGUUUGUGAUGCUUCUACGAGACGACCCGUAUCCGGCUGUGAUGCAGAUGUCCACGAAACGUCCAAUACUAGCCAGUGAUGUUCCUGGAACACCCCAUACCCGGCCGAAAUGUUCUCAAAUCAACCAACACCAACUGUGAUAUCGCUGUUCUAUGGUAUUGUGUGUACAGCAUUAUACAAGCGUGUUCAUGCCGAAGUGUCCGCCAU